AUGACAAUCAACACUUCGAUAGACCUGGCAGCGCUCUUUGAGCGACAGGCACAGGCUACCCCUCAAGCGGUCGCCCUCGAAGAUGAAAAACGAACCCUCACAUACGCCGAACUCGACAGCGAGACCUGGGCCCUGGCGGAUCGCCUUCGUCAGUAUGGCGUCGGUAGAGAUUGCCUUGUCGGCGUACUCAUGAAUCGCAGCGCCGAUAACGUUGUCGCGUCCCUGGCAGCUCUCAGAGCCGGCGGUGCCUAUUUGGUGCUUGAAUUGGCUUAUCCCGCAGCUUUAUUACGCGACGUCAUUGAUGAUGCUAGACCGACCGUCAUUGUGACGCAAAAGGCCCAUGCUAGCAACCUCAAAGUCGAUAUCCCGGUUAUUGUCAUUGAUCAACCAGACAUGACUGUUGGCGCGAAUGAGCCAAUUCUAGUGGAACCGAAACCCCCACUGCCGGCAGAAGAUGAUCUUGACAGACUUGCCUUUGUUUCGUACUCUUCUGGCACGACCGGUAAACCCAAGGGUAUAGCGAAUCCACACCGGGCCUCAGUCUGCUCAUACGAUUUGAGAUUUGGUCUUAGCGAUCUAGGACCCGGCGACCGAGUGGCUUGCAAUGUAUUCUUCACUUGGGAAAUGCUCCGGCCGCUCCUCCGUGGAGCGACCACCGUAGCGGUCCCGGACUGCGCAAGCUAUGAUCCCGAGGGAUUGGUCGAGUUCCUUGCUGCUCGAAAAAUCACUGACACAUUGAUGACCCCAACACUCCUCGCUACCGUUCUCACUCGUCACCCAUCUCUCGCCGAUACCCUCCCGGACCUGAAGUCCCUGUGGCUCAAUGGCGAGGUUGUCACAACUGAUCUGUGCCGUCGUGCUUUCGCGGCACUGCCCAAUGUUCGACUUCUCAACGUAUACAGCGCUAGCGAGACGCACGAAGUUGCAGCAGGCGAUAUCAAGAGCUUUAUAGACUACGAGGCUAGGGUUUGCCCUGUUGGUCCGCCAAUGGACCCGUCGACUAUCUACAUCCUUGACGAGGCUGGCAACAGAGUAGACGUUGGCACCAGUGGUGAGCUAUACGUUGGUGGUGAUAUGCUGGCUAGGGGAUAUCUCAAUCUCCCAGAAACCACAGCAAAGGCUUUCCAAAUAGACCCAUUUUCGACUGGUUUGGACGCGAGAAUGUACCGAACGGGAGACAUGGCCAGAAUUCUUCCCUCUGGCCUCCUCGAAAUCACAGGCAGAGUCGGUGGAAUGAUCAAGACCAGAGGAUACACCGUCCAGCCUGGCGCUGUCGAGGCGACAAUUGUCAAGCACCUCGCAGUUCGAGCUUGCGCUGUCGUUGCCCGCGGUGACGGUUUAGAGAAGCAAUUGGUGGCCUAUGUCGUCCCUGAUAAGGGCGAGCAUCGGAAUCGAACAGUUUUGGUCGUUGAUGAGUCGGGAUACAGUCCCGUGGCCAGACGAGCACUAUCCGAUCAUCUUGCCCAUUAUAUGAUUCCCACCAUCUGGGUUGAACUUGAGUCGCUACCCACCCAUGGCGUCUCGGGCAAGACCGACCUCAAUGCUUUGCCUCCUCCGCCUUCCCCAAAGACCCCCAACAUCAAUGCCAAGAAGGAGCAUGACACACGAAUUAAGAUGGACACUAUUAUCAAGAUGUGGGCUUUGUCUCUCAACAUCCCAGCCAGUGCCAUCUCGCAAAGCCACAGCUUCUUCGAUCUCGGUGGUCACUCAUUGACCUUGGCUGAUUUGGCCGGUCGCCUAACAAGAACUUUCGGUUUUCCGGUUCCUCUUGCACCCCUCGCCGGUACUCCAACCUUGGAGGGCCAUUUGGAUGCGGUGAGAGCGGCCCGAGAUGGUCAUACAGCAGCCGUACAAGCAGACCUUCCUGCCGUAUUGCUUGCCGACUCUGCACUGCCGGAUGACAUCAAAUCCAACGGGAAGCCCAUGUGCCGCCUCAACGAUGCCGAGACUAUUCUUCUCACCGGUGCGACGGGUUAUUUGGGCGCCUUCCUUCUGAAGUCUCUUUUGGAGAACACUUCAGCUCAAAUUCUCUGCCUUAUUCGUUUCACGGACCCCAACAUUGACUGCCGCCCAGCCGGUAUUGCUCGUAUUCGAAAGAAUUUGAUUGACCAGGGAAUUUGGAAUGACGCCAUGCUGGAAAGGAUGGAGGUUGUGCCCGGUAACUUGGCCCGUAACCGUCUCGGUCUCUCCCCCGAGGCUUUCCAGGACCUUGCCUCACGCGUUGAUGUAAUUGUUCACGCUGCCGCCACUGUCAACUUGGUAUACCCCUAUGCUGCAUUGCGAAAUGCUAACGUAGGAGGUACCCGUGAGAUUUUGAGGCUUGCCUCUCGAGGAGGAGCCACUAUGCACCACGUAUCGACCAACGGCGUCUUACCCCCAUCCAAGACCCCGUGGACGGAGGAAGCAAUGCUGGAUAUCAGUGAUGUACCGACAAAGCUGCCCGACGGCUAUGGCCAAACGAAGUGGGUUGCCGAGACGCUGGUUUAUGAAGCUGGUCGCCGAGGCAUGCACGUCAAGGUAUAUCGACCUGGUACUAUUAGUGGUCACAGUGUGACUGGUGCCACUAACACUUACGAUCUUUUGAACGCGCUGAUUGUCGAAUCUUUGCACCUCGGCUUUGCUCCCAAGGUUGACGGCUGGCUGGCAGAAAUGACACCAGUCGACUUUGUGAGCCAAGCUAUUGUCACCUUAGCCAACCACCCUUGCACAAAACAGAAGCUGUAUCACUUGGGUGACCCUGCGCCAGUGACUGCUGAACAGGUGUUCCAAGAUCUUGAAGCCCUUGGAUAUCCGACUAAACGACUUCCCUGGGACGAUUGGGUGUCUCUGUGGAAGGAGAAGCGCGGGUCAGGACGAGGUGGUGACGAUCCUUUUACAGUCGACAUUCUCCGUGGUGGUAUGCCCACAGUUGAUACCUUGGAGCUGGUUACUAUCCUCAAAGAUGGCGCCACUCAACCUGCCCUGGAUCUGUAUGGCGUUUCCCGACCCAAGAUCGAUAGGAACUUGUGGGAAACAUACGCAAGACACUUCUUCGCACGUGGUUGGCUUCCACGGCCCCCUCUGCGCCUCAAGGUAAACGGCGUGCACUCUCCCGCCAAGAAGGGACGCCUGUCCGGUCGCGUAGCCGUCAUCACCGGGGCCUCCUCUGGCAUCGGUGCCGCCGUCGCCGCCAAACUCGCAGGUGAAGGCGCCCACAUUGCCCUCGCCGCUCGUCGAACCGAUGAACUUGAGAAGGUCAAGGCCAAGCUAUCCACUUGCAGCGGCAAAAUCCUAGUACACAAGACCGACGUCACCAGCAAGGCCCAAGUAGAGUCCCUCAUGAAGACUACCACCGAGAAGCUCGGACCCAUCGACAUCCUCGUCAGCUGUGCUGGCGUCAUGUACUUCACCAUGAUGGCCAACUGCCAAACCGAAGAGUGGGAGCGCACCGUCGACAUCAACUGCAAGGGCCUGCUGCACUGCCUCUCCUCCACAGUCCCCGGCUUCCUCGAGCGAAAGCGCGGCCACAUCGUCGCCAUCUCCUCCGACGCAGGGCGCAAAGUGUUCCCCGGCCUGGGCGUGUACUCCGCCAGCAAGUUCUUCGUGGAAGCCACCCUCCAGAGCUUGCGUUUGGAGACCGUCGGCUCGGGUCUUCGCGUCACUGGCAUUCAGCCCGGUAAUGUGGACACGGGGCUGUUGAAUAUCUCUACGGAUGCGGAGGCGUUGAAGAAGUAUGGUGAACCUACGGGUGCGAAGGUCCUAGAUGCGGAGGACGUUGCGGGAGCGAUUUUGUAUGCAGUGACGCAGCCGGAGCAUGUGGCUGUUAAUGAGGUUCUUAUUGAGCCGAGGGAUGAGCCGAUUUAA